AUGUCACAUAAGUCAUUCUCCGGCGGUUCCUCCGUCUACUCGGAUGACAGCCAUUCGUCAACAUGGACGACUACAUAUACCAAGCUCCCCAGGAAACAGCCCAAAACCAUUCGCUUUCUCUCAUGGGUAGCUGGUGCACCCGCCGGAGCCACUGCUGUCAAGAAGAGAACAAGAGAUUUCCCUGAUGAUCGGUCUGUCCGGUCUGGGGGCUCAUCGUUUUCCUACUGGAAUGGACCCGAAACACAACUUUACUGGGUUGCCCAUUCCCAUGGUGACUACUACAGUGGUAGUAGUGGUAGCAGUACCGGGAGCAGACGCAGCAAGAAAAGCAGCAGUAGUCGCAAGAACGGCGGUUCCCGUAAUCACUUUGAGGGAGCUGUUCCCCGGCCGCCUAUGGUCCAGCCAAUGGGCAUGCCGAUGCCGCCGAUGCCAAUGCCGAUGCCGAUGAACGCCGGCCCGCCCCCGCCUCCGAUGGGUCCACCCAUGGACGGAGGGUUUGGCGGAGGUUACGAAGGGGGUUAUGAUGAUGGCGUCUACGAUGGAGGUUACGAUCCAGGCAUGGGUGGUGGUUAUUCCCCUGGACCUAUGCAUGGCCAUCCUCCUCCUAUGCCACCGCCUCCCAUGAACCCUCAAAUGUCUGAACCCGCACCCUUUAUCAACGUAACCGGUCAGAACCAGCCCGGCAAUCCUUUCCAUGGCGGUAGAGGAGGCCCUCCCCAAUCAGAAAGCGACUGGAGUUCUGAAGGAGAAUAA